AUGUUAUUUGUGACCCUCGAAAUGAUGCGAGGGCAAUAUAGAGCAAGCCAGACCCAUCUGCGGCAUGGGUUAAAGCUGUUGAAAGAGACACAGAGGCUGUCUGGCACCUCUAGAAGUGGAAAAAUCCUGAUAAGUGCUUUAUCACAAACCGUCGAAGAUGAUAUCAUUCAAGUCUUUAGCAGACUCGCAGUACAGUCUGCUCUACUUGGUCACGAAACCGGAUGUUCGGACCUGGACUACGACAUUCAACCUCGUCAUUCACCUUACAAAUUUCUAACAAUCGAGCAAGCCAGGCAAUAUCUGGAUAUCCUUCUUGCGAGAGCGCAAUCCUUGGUGGAGAUGGGUCGCCAGAUAGAAACAAACAUAUACGUUGAGCCUCAGAGCUAUGAGGAGCUUCUCGAAUCUCAGUGGCGUAUUGAAAAGGAACUGACGAUCUGGUUUGACGUCUACAAGCUAUCCCUUGAGGAGUUUCAAUCUCACGAUGUGUCCCAAGGUAUAUUGGCAGAGAAAUUACUCGUGAUGUACCAUACCAUGGCGCUGAUCAUGGUCACGACCUGCAUUCCAUGGACCGAUGAAACAGCAUUCGACCUACAGACCGAAAGGUUUCUGUCGAUCAUCCACGAGGCAAUCAGAAUCUGCCAAGCCAUCAAAGAUGUCUAUCCCGAUUCUUUUGACAGCGGAACGCCUCUCGGUUGUCCUCUGGGCAUGGCAUUUACAAUGGACAUUGGCUUCAUCCAACCGUUAUACUAUACCGCCCUUAAGUGCAGGAUACCUCGAAUCCGACGCCACGCAAUCAAACUUCUUCGAUUGGCCCCUCACCGUGAAGGCAGAUGGAAUGGCAUUCGCACCGCUAAGAUCGCCGAGGAGGUGAUAGCAUAUGAAGAACGCAACAUUUAUGAGGACUCUGCAUUUGAGGGUAAUUUUGAUAUCCUCAGCCUGCCACAGGUGGAAGAUUCGAUGUCAAUAUUGCCAUACUUGUGCCGGAUUUCCGAUGUGCGUGUCGAAUUGCCCAAUGAGACCACAGGUGAAGUCACUGUGUCUUUCUGGCAGAUAGAAGACGGUAGCAGCUGGAAGGUGUGUGAGAAAGUGUUCCCUAGGGAAGAUCCAUGAGAGAUCUGUAUAGCAGAAUGUUGCAUGAACUUGGGUCCUCAUUCUUGGCACUGUCUUCUCUGCGAUCACCAUACCGGGGAUGAUCCUAUUUCAAUAGGGUGUCGAUAUAAUCAUCGUCACUGGUAUAUCAACUGAACGAAACGGAUGCUCAUCAGGAUGGCACGAUCGCAUUUUCGCCCCUCGAACAAAAGACUAAAUCCCAUGGACAGCUCUGGGAGCUUCUAUUUUCUGUCCCCAGAUCGCUAUGACGUCAUGAGAUGUAUCAUUUCAGCCAAUCACAGCCGCCGUUAUAAUAUCUUACCGAUCAUUGACAAUGGCGCUUGUUCAGCA